GUUCACCUUCAGACACAGCAGGAAGGAAAACUAAGCCUUGUACGUAAUACUAUUAAUAUUGUUCGUUACCAGGGAAUUCUCGCACUUUACAAUGGUCUUAGUGCUUCAUUGCUGCGCCAGUUGACGUACUCCACUACUCGCUUCGGUAUCUAUGAGGUUGUAAAGCAAAAUGCAACGAAACCAGGAGAACCAUUACCUUUCUACAAAAAAGUUAUGUUUGCAGCUGUUGCCGGAGCUGCUGGGGGAUUUGUGGGCACACCAGGUGAUAUGGUGAAUGUCAGGUGAAGAACA